UCGAGGCUCUCGGACCUCUGCGUUAGGGUUCUGCGGCCCGAGAAGACUCUCUCUGUUCCGAGGCUGAGCAUUGAGGGGUGCUGUUCUCACCCCUCUCCUGUGCUGUCUCCUUUAGACUGGGACGCGAGGGCCCUUCCCGGGGCUUCCUAGCGCGUGAGUCACCGCGGGCAGGGCCAGCUGCAGCGCAUUCCUCUGCGAAGCCGGCGCCCGAGCGGGUGAGGACAGCGAGUCGUCCCACUGGGUCCAGCACCUGGAACGUCGGGGGGCUAGAGGGGCGCAGGUCGCAGGGACAGAGGGGCAGACCCGGGUGGAUCAGGGUACGGACCGGCUAGCAGCCCGCGGCGAUCACCAGAACUAGGCCUGGCUGGGUGGGCACGGGGAGUGGCUUGCUCGGGGCGUGGCCAGGAUGGGCGUGGCCUGCCGGGCGGGGCGUUUAUAAGUGCCGCCCAGGGGCCUCCACGGUCAUUGUCGUUCUUGCACCGUCUGAGCUUCAGUGCAACAUGAAGACCCCCGGCGAAGUGCUGCGCGAGGGCGAACUGGAGAAGCGCAGCGACAGUUUGUUCCAGUUGUGGAAGAAGAAGCGCGGGGUGCUUACCCCAGACCGCCUGCGCCUCUUCCCCGCCGGGCCCGGUGCGCGCCCCAAGGAGCUGCGCUUCCAUUCCAUCCUCAAGGUGGACUGCGUUGAGCGCACGGGCAAGUACGUCUACUUUACCAUCGUCACCACUGACCGCAAGGAGAUCGACUUCCGCUGCGCGGGCGAGAGCUGUUGGAAUGCGGCCAUCACGCUGGCGCUCAUCGACUUCCAGAACCGCCGCGCCCUGGAGGGCUUCCGCAGCCGUCAGGAGCGCGCCGCGCCCGCCGCGCAGCCCGAGCCCCGGACGGCCCGCGCGCCCUGAGCCCACGCCAAGAGUCACACACUGCACCAGUCGGGCAAGACCGGCCGUAUGGCCGCGUCGGGCAGCAACCAGGGAGUACCCGGGACGGCAGGAGCCCAGGUGGGCCACCCACGCGCUGACCUCCUCGGGACAAGGCGGCCUCUUCCCCGUCCACCGCGGGAAGGGCCGCCCUCCGUGCUUGCGGAACCUCGCCUGCUGCGCGGGCACGUUAACUUAUUGGACUGUGUAUUUAUUUUGAUGGUUAUUUGUCGUCAAACCGUGCUGUCUUAAUAUUUUGUUUUUGCACCAGCAUCUCAUUCCAAAUAAAUGAGUUGAUUUGUUCUUUUUUCUACCAGUG